AUUCGGACAAGCCUGAACAGUGCCAGAGUCAGGGAUUUCAGGCACUAUAUAUUUUUGUGUUUUCCAGACUCUUAAAUUUGAUUUAGAUCGUGAUGCCAUUGAUAAUAAACUGAAUUGGGUUUGUUCAAGCAAGGAAAGUGCAAAAGUGAAGCGGACAUGAAGAGGCUGAGAAUUGAGCAGCUCUGUUAAGGGUCCAUCCUGCUCCUGAUGGAGAUCUAUCCUUGUCUACCAUCCAGCAGUUAAGUUACAGCUGUAGGCUGUCUUGAAUAAACUGUUCUGAUGGUCCUGAGAACUAUGAGACGCUAGGACUGUUGGAACUGAAACUGGGGUCAUGAUCAAAUAAUAUGGGGAUACCCCGGAACACAGUUUAAAAACGAAGUGUUUGUGAACCCAAUGGAGACAAUUGGGUCGGAUUACAGGCCGACACAGGGUGUGAGGAUACUUGAGUUUGAAUCACAAAAUCUGGGAAGUAGCACCAAAGACACUGCUUUUGAGGUGGAACUAUGGGAUUGUGCUGGAGAUUUUAAGUUUGAAGUAUGCUGGCCAGCUAUGAUCAAAGACUCCAGUGGGGUAGUUAUUGUAUUUAACCCUGACACACCAAGCCAUCUUAAAGAAAUAGAAACCUGGCACUCCACAUUCAUCUCAUCACAAGGCCUGCAAGUAGGCCAGUGCCUGCUCAUAGCUCACCACAAGCCCGGGGAUGGAGCAGAUACAUCACGUCCACAAUUGGCUCCUCAGUUAAAUAAGAUACCUCUCAUUCAUUCCAAUCUGGAAGACGACCCUGAAGGGGUACGGCAGGGUUUCCGCAAAUAUUUGGGAAACAUCGCACAGACUUUGUCAGAAAGUCAAGAGCGUGAAGAGAUGUCCAUUAUAACAUGACCUUUAAAAUACUGCUUGUUUUUUUUUAUAUUCCAUGUCCUCCAGGAUAAUUUGUAGCAGUGCUAUUUAAAAUUUCAAAACCUAAAAUCAAAAUUUCCAAACUUCAGAAAUUUAUUUUUAACCAGUAUGGUCAUAUGAAUGUGAUUUAAUAGUUUAUUAAACAACUGCGCUAUUGUAGUUUAUUUACACUUGUAUCAAAUCAAUGCUACCUUAAUAGUAGCACAAUUUGGCUCAAUAUCCCCAAAAUUCACUUGCAUCAUAAACCUUUAAAGACUUCCA